AUGGACCACAAAGAGUUCCAAGAAGUCCGCUCACAUUCGCACCACAACGGCCACCACCGGCCGCCCCGUGGCCCGCCGACGCCGCAUGCCAAUGGCUACGAGUACGCCGACGAGUACAUCCACCCCGAGAUGAGCCGCGACGACGCCUUGAAGAGAAUGAAGACGGCCGGGUCCAUCUCCAUCUCUCCAGAGCUGUUUGAGAAGCUGUACCUGUCGCCACAGAACCAAGUCAAGGGCGAGUUACGCAAGACGUUUGGUAACCCGACGCCAAUUGCCAUCGUGGGCUUUCUCAUCUCCCUGACUCCCCUCUGCUGUGAUUUGAUGGGAUGGCGUGGUGCUGGUGGCAGUGGUGCUGCAGGCAUUCCCACAUACUUCUUCUUCGGCGGUCUUCUCAUGUUUGUCGGCGGCCUGCUUGAAUGGGUCCUCGGCAACACCUUCCCCGCGACGGUGUUCACCACAUUCGGAGCCUUCUGGGCCUCCUUCGGCGGAACUCUCAACCCUUCCUUCGCGGCCUUCUCGUCGUAUGCCCCGGCGGGCGAAGCUGGGGCCGCAGGACUGGCGACCAAAGGCUUCAAUGCUAGCUUCGGUUUCAUUACCCUCGCCAUGGGUAUGAUCUGCCUCGUCUUCCUCGUUUGCUCCCUCCGAACCAACAUCGUCUUCUUUGUUAUCUUCCUGACGCUCGUCCCUGUCUUCGGCCUCAUCACUGCCGCUUAUUGGUUUCUGGCCAUGGACUUCACUGGCAACUCAGCGUUUGCUGCCAAGCUUCUGGAGGUGAGUCGUUGA